AUGGUAUCAUCCGGAGGCGUCAGCGGCAACACCAAAAUAGCCCGCUUUUCGAAGAGCUCAAUUUUAGAGAAGGGGACACACGUGGUAAAUGUAAAAGAUGAUGGGAGCUUGAAGGAGUACAAGUGGUGGAACGGGCUCAUUAAGCCAAAGGAAACCUUUAAUGCAAAAAAAACAAAGGGGUUCCUGAUCGUGAAGUUAUUCCUCUACGGAUAUUUAAACAGAAUAAGUACUUACAGGUCGAAUAAAGACAACGACCUAAUGCACCCCUAUUUAAAAAUUCUCCUAAAUAAUGAAGAAAUCUACAGGACCAAAGUUUUACAUAGUUCGUUAAACAUAUGGGAAGAAAAAAUCGACAUCGAAAUUCACUACAUCAAAAGUAAAAUAGAAAUUCAGUUGUACGAAAUGGAUGAAACGGAGGGAAUCGUUGAGGAUGAAUAUAUUGGCAGUGCCUUUAUUGAUGUUUUGUAUCUACAGCUGUCUAAGAAGUAUGAUAUAAUUAUUAAGUACAUUAACAAAGUGGGACACUUGAUGGAUCUUUAUCAUUAUAAGAGGAAGCCACAUGAUGAGGCAAGCAAGGGAAAUCCAAAAGGGAGCCAGACAGGGGAACCCACUCACAACAAUGGAUGUACCAACUCAACUAAUGAUGCUUCCCCACCUGGACGAAAGAAGUGCCCCAACGAUUACAACGUUCGCAUCUUUGCUAAACUAGUUAACAAAAAAAACUGCAAUAAUUUUAUUCUGCAGUUAAACUGUAUUUCGUCCCUUAACUACUCCUAUGUUCACAAGAACAACGAAAUAUUGGACAAAGAAUUAAACAUAAAUCAGUUGUAUGAUGAGUUAAAAACUAUAAAAGGAAAUGUCGAAACGAUAUGGUUGCCCUUCUUUUCAAUUAUAUAUAACUUUGCCUCAUGGAAAACGCCAUUAUAUUCUGAAAGUGACAAAAUAAAACGAAGUGGACAGGUUGGCACUUGGGCGAAGGCUGGUUGGACUGCGAAUACUCACUCGUUGGCAGAACAGGAGGGAAAGAAGAAGAAUAAAAAGAAGAACAAACCAUGUAACUACUGGACGCAGGCUAAGAACCUUGGUGGUUACUGCAAGCCGAAGGGAGGGGAAUUAGGCUUAAAUGAUAACACCUUAAGGGAGGAUGGCGUUUCGGGGUGUGGCUCUGAGAGCAGCGGUAGUUAUAGUAGCUGCUCUUCGACUGACUUGAGUACGGACCAUUCGAGUGGCCUUUCGGACUCCUGCGGGAGCGGCGCGGAGUCGAGUGCGCUUCUGAGCGCCGAGGGGGAGCGCAUCGGUGGAGGAGGCGGCUCAAAGCAAGCGAAAGGGGAGAAAGGUGCGAGCGGGGAGAAAGAUACGAAAGGGGAGAAAGGCACGAACGGUGCGAAAGGCUCGAACGGCGCGAACGGUGCGAAAGGCGGAACGAGUGAAUACAGCAAAAACGCGGGCGACAGUCACAGCACGAAGAAAAACCAAGGCAAUAAAGACCCUUCGCAAGGCGGAAAGAAACAUAAAAAGGACAAUGGAUGCAUGGACAGCAACACAACCAACAUGAGCGGAGAUGAAGCCAAGGGAGGGAAAACGAAGAGACGAACCAACAGCAGCAGCUGCACGGGGGAAGGCAACACGGAAAACGAUGACAUGAGUAGCGAUAUUAAUCUAACGGAUGAAGAAAGCAGCAACAACGGAAGCGUAGAAAAUAACCUACAGGUUAUAAAAACAUUCGUUUCAAACAUAAUAGAUGAUGAAAUUAUUAACAACGUAAAAUAUUUUCACUACCUCCUUUUCUGUUUCACGAGAUGGUCACAGAUUUUAUUUUUUGUCCUGAGAAGAUUUGGCUACUUCCUGGUCGUUAUUACAUUACUUUUUUGCUUCUUGAAUAUUUAUUUCUACCCCCUUGUGGCAAGGUUCCUUCGUUUUUCUAUCUUCUCCAGUGGCUUUAUUUUUUUGACCUACAAUUUGAAGCCCACAAAUAUUUUGUACAGGUUUUUCCUCUGCAUUCAGGAGUACUACUUUUGGGGACCCAGCCGCAGGAACGUAGACAUUUUUUCUGCUCCCCGUGGGGGAUGA